CGAGCCUCUGAUCCAGACCCUCUGGGACUGAGCUGCCCACCGGUGUGUUGGCUCCGCUCACUGGCCUCUGCUGGGCAUUUAGCGCAGGGAGAAAAAGAUCCUUCCUCCUCAAUUGUGUUGUUAUUGACCGGCGGAGGGAAAGAAGCGGGUCGAUAAGUGGAUCAGAUUUAUUAGCGGUCAGGAUUGGCUACAGCAAAUGUCAGAGGAGCCACAGUCUGUUUGACUGCACCACGCGCAUUUCAUUUAGGUUAGAGGAGCGCCAGACGGCGUGUCUAGCCUAUAAGUGCGGCACAAUUUCAAGUGGAAGGAAAAGUAGCCUGGCAGGAUGGACCUGGUCAAAAUUGCAGUGUCCAUCCACAUUCUUCUGUGUCCUGCAUGGGCCCUGUCCCGUCACUCUUACAUGGACAGCAUCCUCCCAGGCCACUCAGCUCUCAGGUUGCUGGAUGAGCCGUUGCUGUUUGACCCCUGUUGUCUCAUGUCACCGCCUCCGCCUCCCCUCUUCCCCCCACCAUCUCAGCUGUUAAAGCAGAGCACCUCCGAUGGUAUCAGCACCUUGGAGCCAAGUGUUUCUGGAGGAGAGGAACGGGAAAAACAAAAACCUGUGAUACCUGGGUGUUCACCUGGAUAUCCAGGACCUCAAGGACCCCAGGGCCCAGAGGGUCGAAGUGGAUUACCUGGCCUAAGAGGACCAAAAGGCGAGAAGGGAGAAAUUGGACGUCCAGGGUCAAAGGGUCGUACAGGGGCGCCAGGCCUCCCUGGGAAACAAGGACAACCGGGAUGGCCUGGUCCAGAGGGACCCAAGGGUGAAAAGGGGGAUCCGGGACUCAUGGGAUUACCAGGACUGAGGGGACCACCAGGGAUAAAGGGUUUGCCUGGUUACAAAGGAGAGAAGGGGUCUCGUGGUGACCGUGGAGCAGCGGGACCAAAAGGCGAUAAGGGUUCCAUUGGUUUGCCUGGGAUGCUUGGGCAGAAGGGUGUGUUGGGACCAAAAGGAGAACCAGGAGUCUCGGGGAAGAGAGGACCUACUGGACGGCCUGGAAAGAGAGGCAAACAGGGCAUGAAGGGCCAGACUGGAGCCUCAGGAGCCAUGGGCCCCCCAGGACCCCCCGGUCCAAACGGCCAUCCAGGCCCACCUGGUCCACCUGCCACAGGUCUCUAUCUAGUGGGAGAAAAGGGAGAGAAGGGUCUUCCUGGUCCACCAGGUCGCUGCGACUGUGAUUCCAAUCUUUUUGGAAGUUACACACAACGGGGAGGCACUCAUAAAGUCCCUGCAAUAUUUGUGGUGAACAGUGAGGAGGAGAUGGCCCGAAUACAUUUAGACAACGCAAUAGCAUUCAGGAAGGAUCAGAGGGGGCUCUACUUCAAAGAUAAAGAUGGAUGGAAGCCCAUACAGCCCUUUCAGCCGUUCCAGUCCACAGAGAAAGUCCCGGACAGAGUUGGUAUGUGUGGGGACGGAAAGGUGCAGGCCCAACACGGAGAGGAGUGUGAUGAUGGAAACCAGAUUGUCACUGAUGCUUGCCUCAACUGUAAGUGGGCCUACUGUGGCGAUGGCUACCGACAUGAAGGGAUGGAGGAGUGUGAUGGAAAGGACUUUGGUUUUCAGACCUGCAAGUCCUAUCUUCCUGGGUCCUUUGGGCAGCUUAGAUGCACCGACUCUUGCUUCAUUGAUUCCACUGGUUGCAAGUAUUUCACCUGAACUGGAAGGUGAAAAAAUUGCCAGAUUGCAACUUUGCGGUUCCUCUUCUCUUCUGAACACAGGGAUUAGACUUCAGAUUCUAUUGAAGUCUCACCCCUUAAAAAAUAACUGAUGGACUGAGAGAGAGAGGGGGUACUAAAGGAAAGCUCUUGUGCUUGCUCUGAGCCAUGAAAGGUCAUAGGAGUCAGCUUUGAAUCGACAAUGGGGGGUUUAAUUAUUUUAUUGGCCUCACGGAGCAGUUCUCUGUUACUGUCAGUCCAAUGGCUGUAGCACUGUUGUGGACACUGGUGAUUAUGGGGAACAUUUUAAUGAUUUAUUGAUUGUAUCAUAUGAAAAUAGUUAGAAUGUGUAGCCUAUGACUUGCUGACUGUUGAUGCAGAAAUAAGCUAUGUUCUGAACCUCUUUUGUAAUGAGAGAGAAAAAAAACCUUUUCCAAAAGAGGCAAUGAUAUUAUUGAUACUAUAUGUACUGUAGUAUGCAAAUCAGGGGUGUGUAUAUGUGUUUAUUCCUGUGCAAUGUAUUACAUAACGUGUAUUGAUGAAGUGCAAUGGUGUGAUAGUGCAUGUAAAUCUAUACCAGCACACAGCAGACUGCUUUAACCAGUGCUGUAAAUGUAUGAGCCAAGUGUAGCUUGUCUUGAAGUGAAUGUCCAGAAUACCCGACAGGAGGAAAAUGAAUGUCAUACUGCAACAACAGCUAGAAAAAUAUCUUUGAUUAUCACACAGCAUGAAGAAAUUUCUCAGUUACAUCAAAAUGAAUUCAGUAAAAUGUGAUUAGUGGAUAAUCUGCCUGCAUGACUGUAAAUUUCC